AUGCCAGCUAUUGUAGAGGAAAGAGAAACUUCUAUCGAUGAAUUAGAAGAUCCAGGAGCAAGUGAUGUUGAUGGCAUGCCAGAUAUUGAUGACACACCAGCUGUUGAUGAUACGCCAGCUAUUGACGAGACAAGAGAACCUCUCAUUCGUGAAUUAGAAGAUUUAGAACCAGGAAAUGUUGAUAACACGCCAGUUAUCGACGACACUCCAGUUAUCGACGACACUCCAGUUAUCGACGACAUGCCAGUUAUCGACGACACGCCAGUUAUCGACGACACGCCAGUUAACGACGACACUCCAGUUAUCGACGACACGCCAGUUAACGACGACACUCCAGUUAUCGACGACACUCCAGUUAUCGACGACACGCCAGUUAUCGACGACACGCCAGCUAUGGAAGGCACUCCAGCUGUUGAGGAGGAAAGAGAAACUAUUAUUCGUGAACCUACCCCCUCACCUCCAGAAUCAUCCCCUUUCUAUACUGAUCCAAUUUUUGAUGCGCGUGGUAAUAUGACUCCAGCACAUCCAUUGUAUCAUGAGCAAGCACAUCCAUCUGUAUUGGAAGAAAGCACACCAGCUUUUGAAGAGGAAAGAGAAACUAUUAUUCGUGAACCUACCCCCUCACCUCCAGAAUCAUCCCCCUUCUAUACUGAUCCAAUUUUUGAUGCGCGUGGUAACAUGACUCCAGCACAUCCAUUGUAUCAUGAGCAAGCACAUCCAUCUGUAUUGGAAAAUCCUUCCCAACAGCAAGCUGGUCCAUCCUCAAACGUUGGUCGAAUCCCAAGUCAAUCAGCAUUGAGUGGGCAGGGAUAUCGAAACUCAAGCAUAGAUUGGUCUUCCAAAAAGCCCACGACUAAAUCAACUCCCUACGCUCAUGGAAGUGGUGCGCCAUCAAAUCAACCAGUGAAUAAUUCAUCUUCUAAUCUCCGCUAUAGAGGAAAUGUGGCAUCAGAAUUAAGGAGGAAAGCUAAUCAAGAAAAAAUAAAAAGGUUGAAUGAAAGUAGACGAAAUAAAUGA